AUGUGGCUCCUCACGACCAGCAAAGCAGAGCUUGAAUGGUACGCUCGUCCACCACCGAAGUAUGCUGUCCUCUCGCACGUUUGGGAGAAGGGGGAGAAGGGGGAGCCGGUGGAGCAGUCGUUCCGGGACGUCUCGGAUAUUGGGCGAGCGUGCAGGGAGACGAAGGAGAACCCGCGCGACUUCGUGUCGGACAAGAUCCGCAACUGCUGUAUAUGGGCGGAGGCGCACGGCUUUGCGCUCGUCUGGGUGGACACCUGCUGUAUCGACCAGACGAGCAGCGCAGAGCUGUCCGAGGCGAUCAACUCGAUGUUCGCGUGGUACGCCAGCGCGACGGUCUGCUAUGCCUUCCUUUACGACGUCUCUGAAGUCGAACCGCCCUCUGCUCCAAACUCCUCCUUCCGCAACAGCGUGUGGUUUACGCGCGGGUGGACACUGCAGGAACUCAUCGCCCCCAAGGUCGUCAUCUUUCUCUCGAUGCACUGGUUUCCAAUCGCGUCGAAGCGCUCUAUAUCGUCGCUGCUCGAGGAAAUCACCGGGAUCGACGCCGCGGUGCUCAUGGGCAGCAUGCCUCUCCACGAAGUGAGCGUAGCGCGCCGCAUGUCCUGGGCUUCGGAGAGGAAGACCUGCAGGAUCGAGGAUGAGGCGUACUGCUUGAUGGGCAUCUUCGGCGUGCACCUCCCCACGAUCUACGGUGAGGGCAGGGAGGCGUUCCUCCGGCUCCAAGAAGAGAUCAUGCGACGCAUCCCAGACACGACUCUCUUCGCAUGG